GUCAUUUGCAAUUGAUGAGAGUAUGUAUGAAAAUUAGGAUUAAUUUUUCCGUUUAGACUACUAAUUUAAUGCAUAAAUAAAUUAUUAGUAAAAAUUCGAAGUUUUUCAAGACGAAUGUAAUUUUACCUAAAUUUUUGUGCUAAUAGUCAAAUAACGCACGCGCAGAACGCCCAUCGCCCAAAAAUCUCCCAGCGCCAUAUUGAGAGAGGCGGACGUUGUAUGACUUGAGUGAAUAAUCGUGGUUAGUGCAAUAAUUUGAAGUGGAACAUUUGAUCGUGCCCUAUGGAUAUAUAUUCGGGAGUGGUGUGCCUCGGUUGAAAGGCCUGCCGAAAGGACAGGGCUCCGCGCGAGAGGACAGAUUGCGGCCCUCCGCUCUGAAAAAUCAUGGAGUGCUGCAUGUCAGAAGAAGCAAAGGAACAAAAAAGGAUCAAUCAAGAAAUAGAGAGGCAACUCAGAAAGGACAAACGAGAUGCCAGAAGAGAACUCAAACUGCUCCUACUUGGAACUGGAGAGUCGGGCAAAUCUACUUUCAUCAAGCAGAUGAGAAUCAUCCACGGCUCGGGUUAUAGCGACGAAGACAAACGUGGCUUCAUCAAACUCGUUUACCAGAACAUCUUCAUGGCGAUGCAGAGUAUGAUACGCGCCAUGGACCUACUAACAAUACAAUAUGGGAACCCGUCCAAUGUAGAAAAGGCGGAAUUGAUAUCAUCGAUCGACUUUGAGAGUGUGACAACGUUCGAGAGUCCGUACGUGGAAGCUAUCAAGGGCUUAUGGGCCGAUUCCGGCAUCCAGGAAUGUUAUGAUCGCAGGCGAGAAUACCAACUUACUGACUCGGCCAAAUACUACUUGCAGGAGAUCGACCGCGUCGCAGCGCCAAAUUACCUACCAACCGAACAGGAUAUCCUCCGUGUGAGAGUUCCCACAACGGGCAUCAUAGAGUACCCAUUUGACUUGGAGGAAAUACGAUUUCGAAUGGUGGACGUCGGGGGCCAGAGAUCCGAAAGAAGGAAGUGGAUCCAUUGUUUCGAAAACGUCACAUCCAUCAUAUUCUUAGUAGCUCUUAGUGAAUAUGACCAAAUUUUAUUCGAAUCAGAGAACGAGAAUCGAAUGGAAGAAUCGAAAGCAUUGUUCAAGACCAUCAUAACGUACCCGUGGUUCCAGCACUCCUCGGUCAUUCUGUUUCUCAACAAAAAGGAUUUGCUCGAGGAGAAGAUUAUGUAUUCUCACCUUGUUGACUACUUCCCUGAAUACGACGGCCCGCAACGCGAUGCCAAUGCGGCGCGCGAGUUCAUUCUGCGGAUGUUCGUCGACUUGAACCCGGACGCGGAGAAAAUCAUCUAUUCGCAUUUCACAUGUGCGACAGAUACCGAAAACAUCCGGUUCGUAUUCGCCGCCGUAAAGGACACAAUCCUACAGUCCAACCUGAAAGAGUACAAUCUCGUUUAAGCGAAAGCAACAUUGGUCCUUGACACAAAUCUGUGAUUGUGUAUAACACACGUAAACAUCAUCACCUCUCAACAGAAUGUGUUUGUAAAUUGACGAACUGAGAUCGGAUGGACGAACAUAUUUCAUCUUAAAACGUUUAAUGAGAAAUUAAGAAUAGAUUGUAAGUCAUUUAACCACAAUUAAGCGGUGGGUUCGGACGGGCCGCGAUCACUCGCUCGCGCUCCGAGCCGGGGGAACGCCUCCGACGAGUCAGGUUUUUUGACAUGUUUUUUUAUGAUGAAGUUAUUCACAAAUUAUGUAUGUGUCUGUAACGGUGAUUAUUGAAUUGUGCAUUUUAAAAGUAAUGGUGGGUCUCGGCCUCGCCACGAGCUGCUUUUAGUCAUUGUUUUAGGAUUUUUAUAAAGUUUGUUGCCAUAAUAUCUUUCUACAUUAGAUACGUUUUAUUGUGUCCACGAGAAUGGAUUCGAACAAACUAGUCCAAUGAACGUUGGUCGAGACCGGACUUCGCGCUAUGAUUGUAUCGAUCGGAAUGCUUCCGUGUUACUAUUAUGUACGUACCUAUUUAUUUAAGAUGUGAAUGAUGUCUCGAGAGGUCACGGUCGUACCAGCGCUAACUAGGGCCGGGACGGGCGACUGCACCGCCCUCUGUUACCACGCGCGCACUACAGCACUAGUGCUGUCAACUGUCAGCCGUCACUGUCACUGUCACCGUGACAACCCUUGUGUUCAGCUUGAGUACGGUGGCUGUGGCGUUCGUCUCCAACCGGCCGUCUCUCUACUCCUACUUAAUAAAUAUAUAAUUUUAUUGUGCAAACAUUACCGUUUUGUUCUGUUAGCUUCAAAGGUUUAUAACUUUAUUAUUGUAUUAAAAUGUAAUAUUUCGUUACUUUUGUACAUUGGAUUUUUUUUUGUUAAAUAAAUAUAAUAUUACGUUAUUAUUUAAGCAGUUUAAGAUUAAAUACGGUGUUUUUUUUUUUCUACAAGUAAUGACUUGACGCAAAUCGUUUACGUUGAAUGUAGGCUUUGUGUACGCAACGGUCUGGUGUAUUUGGUUUCUUCCUGGUGUUAUCUGUAUAGGAGAAUUAAACAGCUACCAUUAUGUCAAAUAUAGGAAGGUUACUACUACGUUAGUUGUUUAAGGACAUUUUUGAUGCAUUUGAUAUGAACUUUUUUUACUAGAAACCCAAGAAAUCAAAGCUAUAAGUGAACUAUAAAACUGGUACCCAUGUUUUUGCACGAAUGCUUUUACCACAUGAAUGUAAUAUAUUGUACAUUUGGGUCUAAAUGUGCUGAGUGAAUUGAGCUGACAGUUCAGUGCCAAGUUUUGCUAUUGGCAACAUUAUCACGGGAAUACGAAGCACAAAAUAUUUAUGUUAUUAAACAACAAAAAAAAACAUUUAUUGUCUGUUUCAUUUAAAUAUAUUUUUAGAAAUACUUUAUUAUGCUAUGCUUAAUUUAGUGUCGCUUUGUGUUAUAUUAUUUAGUUUAAUGUAUAUUAAGAAACAAAGUUUCUAGGUUUUUUUUGCAGAUAUAUAACUUAUUAACUUAUUUGUUGUUGUGUCUUAUUAUACUUUUUUUAUAAUGUAAUAUACGAAUUAAGCUUAUAUAAUAUUAUAUGUGAACGGCUAAUCACAGUAACAUCUGACACUGUCAAUAGCAAAACUGUAUCUCGACAUUAGAGGCAUAAGGUGUGGAAUCGGUUAUUAAAACUAUUCAAACGGAAUAUUUCAAUUUGGUAAUCGUAUGUAUUAUAGGAAUUUAUAUGACCAUUAUAGGAUAAGAUAUCUUUAAAGUAUUGAUCUAAAUUGUAGUCCAGAGGUCGAGACCCCGACGAAACUACACACGAACUACUGUAUAAAAACGAUUUUUUUGUUUGUUUUAAAUUAAAUUCAACCUUAUGCUUCUGAUCUCAAGGUGUGCUUUUAAAUUAAGAAACAGCUGUCUUUGAUGCUCAAAAUGAUGUGAAAAUGAACUUAGCGCACAAUUAUUGAAUUUCUAUUGAUGUUCACUGAAACAAUCUCUGUGUAUGCCCCCUGUACAUAGGAACUAUACAUAUUAUUUCUUUUGUGCAUUUGUACAGCGAUGCUGUGGAUUCAUUUUGACUUCGAGCCCAACGAGGUUCACCGGCGGUAGUGACGUCAUAUACUGUUUUGAUUCGAACCCUUUGCAUUCCGCCGUCAUAGGUAAAAAAAAACUGAGCAAGACGCGACGAGUCUCCCUUUUGCCACCUUCGAUUGCAUUUAUAUUAUUUCCAUUUGCUUAUAAAGUUGACACGUAUCUAUUGGAUUUUGAGAAUAAACUUGACCUCGCCGGCUUUAAACGGAGCCUAAGGAACGAUUAUUUUGUUUCGGUGCAGGAUUAUGUGUUUUUGUUAGAAGGAUUCUCGAACGAAUUCUCGGCCUACCUGAUGUUAAACGAUUACCGGAACCUAAGGGCGUUACCCUUCGAACGAGGAAGCGUGAUUGCUGCUCGAUAAGACGCAGACAGGGCGGUCACACCCAAAGGACUCGUUACCAACAGUAAUACGCAACAUAACAUACACUUGCAGAUAAAUAACUUUUAUUUUCCAUAGUACGUAACAAAUUUUAGAGCUCUAAAUUAUGAACACGCUAAAGUUUUUCAGUUUUUUCGCCAGCGUCACUGAUAAUGAUUCUAGGGCGUUAGUUUACUGUAUUUAUCGUACCGGAAUGCAAAGGGUUUUUAAAAAUAAACAGAAUGUUACCAAUAAUGCAAAACACUGGAUAACUUUUUUUUUCACAGUUUCAUCGGUAAUUAGAAUUUAUCAAAGAAUGUUUGUCAGUGAUGAUGUAAACAAAGUUUUUUUUUUUUUUUAAAUAAGAAUCCGAAGAGAACGCGGUUUCGUUUCUAAGGAGAUAAUCGGUUCGCUGUGACGCGUCACCGGAACCCAUUAUCUGAACCCCAGUAUGCACUGCCGUUAUUGUAAGCUAGUAAAUGCUAUUUAAUAAACUUAUAUUUACCGGAUCAAAGCAAGAGUUUUAACUUAAAAUCGAAAAGAAACCGCGUUCGAUUUGAAAAAAUACUGAAGAUGUUUCUCGCUGGCCUCGCUCCCGUCUGUGAACAAUGUGUACGCAUCUUUAACGAAUCGUGUUUAUUCGUAUAUCGGUGUGGGGCUCCUCACCCAUUUUGUUUUAACGAUCGGGCAAUGACAAACGUACAAUGUCAGCUGAACGUAUAUUUAUAGUCUAACGUUGCUUUACCUUUUGCGUGAGAUUGUGAGAGUUUUAGCUUAAGUUCCGACUGAAGAUGGAUGCCUGAAUGAAAUAUUGUAAAUUAUAAUUUCUCAUAAAAUAUAAUUUUUUUCAGCUAA